CCGGUCUUUGAAGGCAAAAAAGAGAAGAUGGCGGCGUUACGAGCGGUCGUGCAAUCUGGGAGUGGGAGAGCCCUACUGAAUUCUCCCAAAUGUGGCCAAACUGUCUCAAGGGCCAACAUGUCGUUCGCCAGUUUGCCGAAGGGGAAGAAGGUUAUGCUGACCACACUGGGGGUGUUGACUACUGGUGGAGCUGGGAUGGCUCUGAUGCUGCAGCAGUCUGUCAAGGCCUCGGAUCUGGAGCUGCAUCCUCCCUCGUACCCCUGGAGCCACAGUGGCAUGGUGUCUUCCCUCGACCACGCCAGCAUCCGUCGUGGGUAUCAAGUAUACAAGCAGGUGUGCUCGGCCUGCCACAGCAUGGAGUACCUGGCCUUCCGUAACCUGGUCGGCGUGUCACACACAGAGGCUGAAGCCAAGGUCUUGGCUGAGGAGGUCGAGGUGGUGGAUGGUCCUGAUGACACAGGGGAGAUGUUCACCCGUCCAGGGAAGCUGUCAGACUACUUCCCCAAGCCCUACCCCAACCCUGAGGCUGCCCGCGUGGCCAACAACGGAGCCCUGCCCCCAGAUCUCAGCUACAUUAUCAACGCCAGACAUGGAGGUGAGGACUACGUGUUCUCUCUGCUGACUGGCUACUGUGAGCCCCCGGCAGGUGUGGAUGUGAAGGAGGGUCUUUACUACAAUCCCUACUUCCCUGGCCAGGCCAUCGGCAUGGCUCCACCCAUCUACAACGAGGUGUUGGAGUAUGAUGAUGGAACCCCUGCCACCAUGAGUCAGGUGGCCAAGGACGUGUGCACCUACCUGAGGUGGGCAUCGGAGCCCGAGCACGACACACGCAAACGCAUGGGACUGAAGUUUUUGAUGGGUUCCGCAAUCCUUUUGCCCCUCGUCUACUACAUGAAGAGACAUAAGUGGUCUGUGUUGAAGAGCAGGAAGAUCGCCUACAGGCCACCCAAAUAAACCCAUGACCCGUUUUAACUGACCUUCCCGUGGAUGCCUCUGGGCUCAAACUCUGAUCUUCUCUGCAAUUGUCGAUCUUCUGUAAACCUCACUUGUGCUACGAAAUGGUUGCCCUAAAUCAUUAACUUGCUUCUUCUUCACACACACCAUUUCCUCAGUGAGGAUCUAAGCAAAGAACGCAACCUCUAUUCUGUUUUACUGUACAAAAUAAAUUAUGGAAAGAUG